AUGUUCUUCCUUCAUAUUUUGUACACAAUUGCCCUUGCUAUCAGUCUUGUUUUGGCUAUAUUAGUCAUAAUUUUGGUAUGGCUAUUUCAUCUUAGUGGAAUGAGUUACGGUUUAUAUAAAUUCCAUCGGAAGCCAUCACAUAGUAAUCUCAAAGAAAUACCAGGCGUUUCCAUAAUUAAGCCAUUAACAGGAAUCGAUGCAAAUUUAUAUGAAAAUUUAAAAACAUUUUUCAAUCUUCAAUAUCCUCGUUAUGAAAUUCUUUUUUGUGUACAAGAACACGACAAUGAAUUAAUUGAUAUGAUCGAAAGACUUCGAGAAGAAUAUCCAGAUGUUGACUCGCAAUUAUUUGUUGCAGGAACUCAAUUAUCUGCUGUAAAACAGGAGAUCGAGCUUGACGAAGAACAGACAUAUGACAAUAUACCAUUGGUAACAACUAUUAGGGAUGAAAAACUACGACGAAAACAAAUUUCUUUAUGGAAAAAACUUCUAUGCUGUGGCUCACAAAAAAUUUCAUCCGGUGAUAAAUUAUUAAAAAAUGGUACAAUGGACAUUAAAAAUCCGAAAAUAUAUAAUAUGUUACCUGCUUAUGAAAAAGCUCAAUAUCCAUAUAUAUUAAUAUCAGAUAGUGGUUUGAUGAUGCAUGAACAUACAUUAUAUGAUAUGGUUAUGUGUAUGACUGACAAUGUUGGCCUUGUUCAUCAAAUGCCAUUUACAUGUGAUAGAAAAGGCUUUGCUGCAUCUGUUGAAAAGGUUUAUUUCGGUACACAACAUGCUCGUAUGUAUAUGACAAUCAAUUUAAUUGGUAUAAAUUGUGUUACUGGAAUGUCAUGUUUAAUACGUAAAGAAUGUAUUGAACGCGUUGGUGGUUUACGUGCUUUUGGUCAUUAUAUAGCGGAAGAUUAUUAUAUAGCUUAUGAAGUAGCUAAACAAGGUUGGAAAUUACGUGUUGCAUCAGCACCUGCACAACAAAAUUCUGGCGAAUAUUCUGUAUCGACAUGGAUUGAUCGAAUGAUUCGAUGGUGCAAGUUGAGAAUGCGUUUAAGUCCAUUAGCGUAUUUAGAACCAUUACAAGAGUGUUUUUCAUCAGCUAUACUAGCUGGUAUCGUUACAAAUUAUUUAUUUGAAUGGAAUGCUCUUGUUGUUGCUGCUUGUCAUAUUUUAAUAUGGUUCAUUCUUGAUUAUCUUAUGCUACGAAUAACACAAGGUGGUGCAUUACCUUUUUCAAAAUUUGAAUUUGCUAUCGCAUGGCUUGUUCGCGAAUUUUCAUCGUUUUACAUCUAUUUUAAAGCAUUCACUGGUUCGUCAACAGUUAGGUGGCGUGGAAAAGAAUAUCGUCUUGGUUCAGGUACACGAGCUGAAGAAUUAUCUCCUUUACCUUUGCCACCACCUGCACCUUCUCUUGUCAAAUCAUCAUCAUUAUCAUCUAUAUCAUCGUCAUCGUCGUUAUCUAAUUCAACAUUGCCAGUGGCUGGACCACAUCUAUCUUCAUCAUCAUCUACAAAACAAUCACCUCAACUUGUAUGA